UCUGUUCAAUCGAGGAGCGCAUGCCACAUCUUCCAUGGAUAAACCACAAUAAAAGUAGGGGGUGGUGAUGUAGAAUAGAAGUGAUGUGAAUAUUAGAAACUCCAACACUUGCUGACGUGGCGGACAAAUCAGCCACAAUUCAAACCCAGGCACCCAUACAAACCAGCUUAAGCCGUUAACAGUCGCUUUCUUCUUCCUUGAAAAGAUAAACAAAAUCCAAAUAUGAAAGCCCAGAAACUCAGCAAUUAUAGGGGCAAUGUUGCGGUAAUUGCACCACUGGCAUAAGGCUUGGCUCCGGUUAUUACACGUGGACAACACACCGUGUGGAGGUGGCUGUCGUGCUACCAAAGCUAAUCAACUGAGGCGGGGUUAACUGCCAACUGGUUUCUUGUUCUUUUCUUCUUCAAUUUCUUGAAGCCAAAACGCCCUCACCCCCCUCAAACGUUCUCUCGGCUUUGGCCUCUUUCUCUUCUAUUUAAAGAGAAACAAAAUACAUUGGCUUUUCAUUCAUUCUCUGGUCGACGUCGUUGCGCAGAUGAAAAAUAUUAUGUGGCGGAAGUUCAAGUCUCACUUUACAAGGGCCGGAGGAUCUAGAAAGAGUGGCGUGGAUAGCUUGUGUACGAAGUCAAACGUGAAUGAAGAAUACAUGGAAGCCUUCAGAACCAAGUCUUACAUAGAAAUUCACAGCAAAGUUCAGGGUCAGCUCAUGAAUGAACUCCCCUCCUCCUCCUCAUCUUUUCCUUUCUAUAUCCAUCUCUCCGACUACCUCCUCGAGCCAUGCCAAGAAACCCUAGCCAACAUGAUCCAAACCCUAAAUCUCCAUCACCUUCUUAUUGACUACUUCCAAGCCAGCUUAGAAGCAUGCAAGAUCUGUGAAAUACUCCUCCUAAGAAUCCAUCAAACACGCGCUAAUUACCAAAUAAUCAAAAGGGUAAUUAAGCUAACCAAAAGGCUUGAUGAUGGCGAAUACUACACCACAGAACAGUAUGGGACCAUAUUCAGAGAGCUAACUAAGUUCUCAAAGCUCACCAACCCAUUAAUGGCCGCUGGCCCUGUACAAUUCCAUGAUAUCCAUGAAAGCUGCAAGACUUUGCUCCCUAAACUCGUAUCGAAAAGCAAGAAAACCCGAAGGAGAGCGAAGUUUAACCGGCUGUGCAAGAGGGUUGCAGGGUUUAGUCUCAUUAUCUCUUAUAGUGCAGUGGCGGUUGCUCUGGUGGUGCUGGCGAUUCAUAGCAUAGUUGGCAUUGUGAUAGCACCAGGGCUCAUGGGUUGUUUUGUGGGUGCAGUUAGGAAUAGGUAUGUGUUUGCUCGUAGGGGACUUGGCACGUGCUUCCUUGAAAGACUUGGGGAACAGCUGGAUGCUGCAGCAAAGGGGAUUUACAUUUUGGUCAACGAUUUUGACACCAUGAGUCGACUGGUGAGCAGGUUAUACGAUGAGGUAGAACACAGCAAAGCCAUUGUUGAUAUGUGUGUUAGAAAUGGAAAGAGCGAGAUGUUGAUGGAGGUGGUGAAGGAAUUUCAUGUCCAUGACUCUUUCUUUCUGGAGCAGCUGGAAGAGCUUGAAGACCAUAUCUACUUGUGUUUGCUCACCAUAAAUAAAUCUAGAAUGCUUGUUAUUCAGGAAAUAAGGGACUCAGAGUAGUCAGCAUUUAUGUUUCUGUCAGCAGUGUCUGGAUGUUGACCCGCUCAACCAAUUUAGAGAACGGGUCUUUAAACUCAUCAUCAAAAUUAUAUUUGUUCAUAAAUUUUCAAAGUAUAUAAUAAUUUGUUUAACUUUUUAAUUGAAA